UCUUCCAGGGUAUCUUCCCUCCGUCCCUCCUCGAGGCACGUCCCACACUGGAGAGUUUCUGUCCCUCCCGAGCCACAGUGGCCAAGGGUUGCACCAGGACGUUUGAGAUGAGCUGUGCUCAUCCCACAGCACCUGGAGUCCAGCUGCCCCCCAGAGUGAUGGCAGCGGUGUUGGCUCUGCUGGUGCUGGUGGCCUGGCCAGUUCCUGCCGCAGCAGUGACGCAGGACUCUCUCCUCAAUGUCUGCAUGGACGCCAAGCACCAUAAAACGCCUGGCCCUGAGGGGCAGGUCUACAGGCAGUGUCUCCUCUGUAAGGACAAUGCCUGCUGCAUUGCAAGCACCGGUUUGGAAACCCAGCAGGAUCAGUCCUACCUGUAAAACUUCAACUGGGCCCACUGUGGGGCCAUGCCAGAGAAGUGCAAGCGCCACUUCAUCCAGGAAUGUCUCUAUGAGUGUUCCCCUAACCUGGGGCCAUGGAUCGACCAGGCAGACAACAGCUGGCGGAAGGAGCGGAUCCGGGAUGUGCCACUGUGCCAGGAGGACUGUGAGCAGUGGUGGGAGGAUUGCUGGGAUGCUGUAAGCUGUAAGGUCAAUUAACACAAGAGCUGGAACUGGACUACAGGAUCUACAGCUGUGCAGCUGAGCUCCCACAGUGCUGCUGGAGGGAAACAGGCAAACAGGUUUGGUUUGAAGUUCACAGAGGACUACAGGUACUACCUGGAAACAUUAAGAGUGCUGCAGGAACCAUCAAAUCCAAGCUGCCAGCAGCAAGAAGGCCCCGUUGCUUCCAAGGAAUCACCCACAAAACGCAGCUUCCCUCAGGACAACCCCCAGGAUCUGCUUGUCAACCCCUGA